AUGCCUGUACCACCUCCAGCUCCAGGGUGUCAGACAGGGGACUGUACUGUUGCUUUAACUAGAGCAUUCAAAAAGAUGAAACCGCCAUUGUUUCAUGGAGAAAUUGAGCCACUGAAGGCCGAAGCUUGGGUCUUAGGGAUUGAGAAGUUGUUCGAAGUGUUCCCAUGUACCGAAGCUCAGAAAGUACAACUAGCUGCCUUUACAUUAGAAGAUGAUGCCAGGCGUUGGUGGAUGUUGGUUCAAGAUAAGAAUAAGGAUAUUACUUGGGCUCACUUUCUAGAAAUCUUUUAUGAGAAAUACUUCCCGCAAUGUGUACGGGACAUAAAAGUGUUUGAAUUUAUGGAACUCAAGGCACUAAUAGCAGAGGGAAAUGUGGCCAACUGUAAACAGAAUUUUGAAUGGAAGGGCAAGAGACAAAAUUUUAAUAAGGGGACAACAUCAACAAAUAAGAAGUUGAAGUUUGGGAAUUCUAGUAAUUUGGGGUCAACCCAAAGUGGCAACUCAGUACCCACUUGCACCGUUUAUGGAAAGAAGCACCGUGGUGUUUGUUAUCUCACUACCGGGGCUUGCUACCAGUGUGGAAAGAUGGGGCAUAUGGCGAAAGACUGUACACAGUCAUGUCAGGGUAGUAACCGAGGUGCCACAAGCUCGAUUGGAUCAAUUCACACAACAAAACCAGCUGUAACACUGUCUACCACAAGAAAUGAACAAGUGCAAGGAAGAGUUUUUGCAAUUGUCCCAGGGACACUCAAAAUACUAAGGUAG